AAGAAAAGAAAAAACAAACAUAGGGAAGGGAGGACUUUGGGUGGUCAAGUCAGGUUCGUGAGUUUUCAGGUCCUUUUAAGACUACCCUUUUGCGUCUGAAGAGAGAUCCUAUUCCUUCUUAAAAACACUGACACCCAGAGAGACAAGAGACAACAAGUCAUAUCAUAUUCUCUCCUAAAUUUUCAAUUUUUUCCUGAAAUUCAGACACAGACAGAGACAGAGACCAAAAACUAAAGGCAGGGAUGUGUGAGUUUGAAUUGUAGAUCUGGCUCCUUGAUUUCUUCUGUUUAGAUAAAUGACAAAUGUAUCAGCAAAAGAGUGUUCAUAGUUCAAGCUUAGUUGGAAACAACUCAUUAGUUCAUGGUCAGCAUUUAGAUUGUGUUGCCAGCACGAUGGACCCAAUCAAUGGAGGUAACAACCUCAACAAUGCUAGUCUUGCCUCGAAGCAACGGUUGCGUUGGACACAUGAGCUUCAUGAACGUUUUGUUGAUGCUGUGGCACAACUUGGUGGGCCAGACCGUGCAACACCUAAAGGUGUCCUCAGAGUAAUGGGUGUUCAAGGUCUAACAAUAUACCAUGUCAAAAGUCAUUUACAGAAAUACCGACUUGCAAAAUACCUUCCUGACUCCUCAUCAGAUGGAAAAAAAGCUGAUAAGAAAGAAACAGGGGAUAUGAUUUCAAAUUUGGAUGGUUCAUCUGGGAUGCAAAUUACUGAAGCACUCAAGUUGCAGAUGGAGGUGCAGAAGCGGCUGCAUGAACAAUUAGAGGUCCAGAGACAGUUGCAGUUACGGAUAGAAGCCCAGGGCAAGUACUUGAAGAAGAUAAUUGAGGAGCAGCAACGACUUAGCGGAGUUCUUUCAGAAACAACGGAUUUGGGGGUCCCAGUUCUAGCAUCAGGUGACAAUUGCCUGGAUUCUGACAAGACUGACCCAGCAACCCCUGCCCCAACCUCUGAGGCGCCCCUACUAGACAAGGCUGCCAAGGAAGGUGCCCCAGCCAGCCUUUCCAUUGAUGAAUCUUUCUCCUCUCACCAUGAACCAUUGACUCCAGAUUCUAGUUGCCAUGCUGGUUCCCCAACUGAGAGUCCUAGAGGUGAAAGGUCAAUGAAGAAGCAAAGAGUCAGCAUGGGUGGAGUGUAUGCUAAAUCAGAAAUGGUGCUUCCACAUCAGAUACUUGAGUCGAGCUUAAGCUCCUCUUACCAGCAACCUCAUUCUGUUUUCCUGCCUAGGGAGCAGUUUGAACCCUCAUCAGGGAUAUCAAUCAGGAAUGAAGAUCACAUGGAAAAGGUCGUGGGCAGUGGUGAUCUGUGAUUAUGCGCAGGCUAUAACAAUUUGUCUUGUAUUUUUAGUUUCUUCAGAGGAUGUAUCUCUAGUUAGACUUAGGCCAAACAAACGUCACGAUAAAUGUUCUGUUAUAAUUAAGUUUUGGUGUCAAAGAACUUCCGUAGAGGCAUGAUGUAUAAUUAAAUUUAGAUAAUUAUUGUAAACAGGAGUGUCAGGGGAUUUGGUCCUAUUAUCAUGCGAUAUUCAUACCAUAGAAUCCUACAACUAUUGCAUUGAUGUGAACUUGGA